AUGUCGAAAAUCGUCAGACUUCCACCGUACCAUUGUUGUCUCAAUCCCAUCGAGCUCAUUUGGAACCAGCUGAAAAGCUUCCUGCGCAAGCAUGGAAAACUUGACAGCAAACUGGAAACAGUCCGUACUCAAGCGAUUCAAUUUCUUAAAAGCAUCGACGAGGAAGCUGUGGCAAAUACAAUGGAUCACGUUAUGGAUGCUGAGAUUGACCUUAAGACUAUUAUGGAUGCCGAUUUUGAGCAAAAUCUACGCGAUGAUGAGAUGGAUUCGGGGGAUGAUGACAUCAGUUUUUGA